AUGGAUUACGAGACGAAACACGACGAUGGCGACAAGACGUAUUCCGGAUUGCGUCCGUCGAUGUCCGUUGAAGAAGGUCAAGUCAAUUAUGGAGAGACAACCAAUGGCGGCCUCCAUCGCACGCUCAGUCCACGUAUGGUCCAUGUCAUCUCUCUUGGAUCCAGCAUUGGUAGUGGUCUUUUCAUCACGACGGGUCCAGCUAAUAUGUUUCUGGCGUAUCUCGUGGUUUGUGUCGGCAUGACGAUUGCUUUCCCGACAUCAGGGAAUUAUAUCGAUUAUGCGGAUCGGUGGGUUGAUCCAGCAUUGGCCUUUGGGGCUGGAUUUGCAGAGUGGCUUGGGUGGACGUCGGUAUUUGCAUCCGAAGCCAUGUUUGUAGUUACUCUGGUGAAUUAUUGGGCGGACGGGGUUGUGCCCGAGGCUGCUUUGCCCAUUUCUCUAGCUGUGAUCGCAGGCGCCGGUCCGUCCGGAUAUGUUCGACAUGGAAGCACCUGGCUACCCCUCCCAGAUAGAUAUGGCUUCUCCACCGCUACAUUACUUGCCAUCUGGGCCGUGGGAGACCAGGUCUUUAUUGGCGUGAUGGCCGGCGAGGCCGAAUCUCCCCACUAUUCCAUGGCACGCUCGGCCAAUUUCGUUCCUUGGCGCGUGGGGAUUUUCUACCUUGUCUCGGUGGUAUUAAUCUCACUUGUAGUGGACUCUGAUGAUUCCCGGUUAAUGAAUGGCUCGAGCGUGGUCUCCUCGCCUUUCGUCAUAGCUGCUCAAGAUGCGGGUAUCUCGGGGGUCCCGGACCUGAUUAAUGCCUGCAUCAUACUCGGCAUUCUUGCCCUUUCUCUGGAGUGUAUAUACCUUCCAUCACGGAUCUUACGCACUAUGUCGCUGCAGGGACUGUUGCCGGUCUUCAUUGCGAAGGUCGACAGAAUAGGCCGUCCGAGAUGGGCGCUCACAUUGACGGCCGUUGCAGGAACAGUGUUGACUUAUCUGAGCUUGAGCGCCGACGGCACCGAGGUCCUGAACUGGUUCAUCUCGAUCACCAGCGCAUCCUUCUUCACCAACUGGGCGAUCAUCGCCUUUUCCUCCUUCCGCUUCCGGGCGGCGAUUAGAGCGCAGAGAAGCCAAUUGUUUGAAGCCCCUUAUGCAUGGCGGUCUCUUUAUUGGCCUCUGGCGCCUGUAAUUAGUCUUUUCGUUUCGGCGUUGCUACUAGUAUGCCUUCUUUACACCAGCAUCAAGCCAGUAGGCGGGGGUGCUUUUACAGCAUAUAGCUUCUUUUCAGCGACGAUUGGUCUAAUCGUUAUUAUAGUGUUCACCAUUGGCUACAAGAUCGUGCAUAGAACACCAUGGAGGGAUCCAGCGACUGCAGAUCUCAUCACGGGGCAUCGGGAGCUGACUGCGGCGGAGUUGCGUUGUGCAGGACUCUGCUUCAACGCCGACGCCGAGGAUCGAGCAAGCCUCUCCGAACUGAUCCAAAUCGACAAACACUACCUCUCCCGCAUUACACUCCGCACGAAACUAAUCCAAGACAAACGAGCCUCCGUCCUCGGCGCCAGUCCCCGCUCCAUCCCAGCCGUUAAAGAACUAUACUAUUUCCUGAUGAAUGACUACCUGCCUCAACGAUACAGCACUAUCUUCCAACGUGUCUCUACUACCACUAGCACUUCAGCAUCAGCACCCACCACCAGCAUGCUAAGAAACACAGUAACCGGCGAAACCAUCCCCACUACACCCCCAACCGACGCAAAAGAAGCCCUCGCCAUCAUCGGCAGGCAGGUGGAGGAGGACUUCCUCCUUCUUUUGCCACCACAGCCCUCUUCUAUACAAGAUGAUGACAAGAAGGAAGGUACUAACAAACAGAUGACCCUCGAAGCCUUCAUCGGCUGUUUUCCAAAUGGGUUCAACUGGGCAGAGAAGUUUCGCAAAUCGCUGGCGAAUAUUCAUGUUCCCUGGACCGUGUCCGUGGACGGGGUGCUGCAUGCUGCCAGCAGUAUGCACUUGUAUGAAGGGGAGGAAGUAGUCGAGUUGGAGGAGCUGGAUGUGGAUACGAUGCUAUUUCGACUUCCCAUUUCAAAUGCCGUGGUAUUCGUGGUCCGCACAUAUAUGUACCCGUUGCAGGACAUCAAGAAGGAAGGCAAUGGGCCGAGGUUAGUAGAGGCGAUAGCAGGGUUGAAGGAGGGCAGUUCGCCGGGUUUCCACUUCUACAAGCGCGCUGCGGUGUGGCAGAAGGCUGUGAGCGAGUACUUACUGGAUGGGGAACUGGAGGUGGUUGUUGCGCUAGUCAUCUAUUCUAUCACAAUUCUUGCCUCCUUUCACUUGCGACAUCUACUUAACCAUCAUGUACAAAUAGCUAUUGCAAGAGCAGCGAUUAUUCCUCCUGAGCAUCACCCAGAACCUGAUCCCCAAAUCCUAGCAAUCACCACCCCAAAAGGCUCACCCCUGCGCUACUUAUGCAUACCAGUCAUGAUAUGGAUCUUGAGCUUGGUGCUCCACCCAGUCAAAAACCCAUGGCAUGUAACAUCCCUAUUCGCUACCACCGCUUGGUUCAACAUUCUCUCAGCCCUGGAUCUGCUGCUACUCAACCCCAAAGAAGCCGAUAACUUUGUCACCAUCAACAAGGGAACAAGCAGAGUCAAAGUCAAGAGCUUCUUCUAUGGCUUACGAACCGCCCUGAAACUGCGCGUUAACUCCCGGAAAAUCAACACGCCCGAGGAAGCAAAGAACACGCCUCCCAUGCCGGGAUAUUACACCCAGGGGAAUGGCAGGGAUGCAUCAAAGGCUAUCUCCCGACGCCGAAAUGAAGAGCCGCAGCCGCAGCCGCAAAGUACCUUUGUUGAAGGCUCCUGGGUAGCGCUAUGGAUAGAACAAACCAUCGUGGCCAUAGUCGCUUGGUUCAUUGUAGGACGCAUCGUGAUCGGCUUCAACUAUCGUUUAGUUGCGGUAGUCGGUGUCGGUUUGCGGCUUGAAGCACCUGAAGGGUUUCCACCGUAA